GAGAGGAUGUGGGAGCCCCUUCUCGGGCAAACAACGUUGCUGACUCAAAAUCCAUCAGCAUUCCCAACGUCAGUCGACUGUAUCGUCUGCUCUUCCGAGUGUGCUUCGCCGGUCUCGAGUACAGUACUUCUCAUCUGGCAGAAAACUUCUGGGCUGGACGCCUUUCGCCAUCAUUUCGAACUCGAUUGCCGGCUGUGUGACGGUCUUGGCCCCACGUCACGGCUCCUGAAACUUCGCCUCUACAAGACAGACAUACAGCCAUCGAGUCUCUCUCCCAUGGACAACCAUGAAGAAGCGCGGACCCGAUGGCAAUAAAAACACUGCCUUUCUCUUCGUUAACAAAACCCAGAAGUCGAAAUCUCUCUCCAAAAGUGAUGGCGCUGUCGCUAAAGAGAUCAACCGCCAUGCGCAACACUUCCGGACUCGGAGGAUUGAGGCACAAAGGGUCACUUCGGCCUUGACCAGUUCCUCCUCUGCGCGUCGCAUUGCGCUUGAUGGCUGGAAUCGGAGAGACGGCCUGCAGAGUUCGAGCAGUGAUGAAUCGUCACCGCAAUCAUCAUCACCUACCGACAAUUUGUCAACCAUACCGCCCACACCUAUACCGGCAACACCUCAGUCUGGUGUUCUACCUGUGGCCGACUUAACACACAACCACCCAGUACAACGUCUAUUCGACGGACUUCCUAUGUCGCACACCAUCACGACCAAUGGCUAUGAAGACGGCCUUCAGGAUAAUCGUCCAACGCAUUCUGAGGAAGGACAAGUGCUUGAGUUGGCCCCUCAAGUGUAUCGUGCUAAUUUCACUUCUUACGACUGUGUCGAUCCCUUCAAGAGUACGCCUGUGCGUAUUACUCCCAAAAUCCAUACGGUGCUUCAGUACACCUUGCGGAUCUAUCCAUAUUCCGGCAACAACUACAAGCUGGCCUUCUUGCCUGCACAUGUGCGCACUACCAUUACCCAAUUUCCUAUCGGGGCAGUUGUCCAGCGCAGCGUCUUCAAGGAGCAUCAUCUGUACUCUUUGAUGGCUGCCAUGACCGCCCGCUUGAAGCAUGUCUUCGCGGUGUCACCAACAGGGGAGGAUCCCCAAGAGAUACGCGCUGCGGCCUCUCAGUAUCUGAAGGAAGAACUGGUGCGCUGUUCGCGCUCUGGUACGGUCGACAAACAGACCAUCCUCGACAUAUUAUACCUCGUCGUUAGUGAACUCCAAUAUGGAUUGUACGACGAUGCGAGAAAGAAUCUACUCAUCGUUGACAAGCUAUAUCAUUUGCUCGACUUGGAUCAACAUUUGGACCGAUGGAUUUCAGAGACAGCUGCUCAUGUGGAUAAUCAGCUUGCUCUGUCUACAGCAAAGCGACCCAUUCUGAAGAGUACUUUUGACCCUGGUCCGAUGUUACCCGAGCGGAUGGCGGCCCUUAAACGAGCAGCUCACAACUUGAAAUACCAAGGUCUUCCCAACCCCACCAGUCUUGUCGUACCUUCUGGGCCCAAGGGUUCAUUUGGCCUCACCGAUGCAAUGGCCGACCUCGCACGUACCCUUGAUGUGCGAAUGGGUUCGCGUCUUGCUGUGGGCCUGAAAGCAGGAGCAUUCCCUGGAAGACUUGGCAUGAUCGUUUCAGACUUGGUUGACUGUAUUGAGAUUGCCAAGGUCGUCUGGCUGUCUCCUUUGGCAGUGUGCUUCGAUGCAGAAUGGCUUUGCAGGAAGGCCAGAGCGAUUCUUCGGGCGUUGCUUUCUAUAGCUCCGGAGAACAACAUCGGACCUGCAAAUAUCGUCACCAAGUGUACGGAGUGUGCAAGAGUGUGCCUGAUGAUCUUGAUGGCCUACGCUUGUACCUUGAUCGGCCCCCAGACAGCGAAACAGAAUGUCAAACGACAUCUCGAAGCUCAAGCGGCAGCCCUAGAGCACUGGUGCCCUGCCAUCGGAUGGACGUUGGAUUGCUUGCCUGUGGUGCCCGACCAACGCUUGAAACCUUUCUACGAACUGCAAGCCGGCUUUGUGCUUUGGUCUCUCCUUAUAGCAUGCUGGUCCUCCGAUGGUAUGCCGGAAGAAGAAUGGUGUAUGAUCCGCGCGGUCAAUAUGUGUCGGUAUUUCGACUAUUCGACUUACGAGGACUUGCAUGACCAUAUGGCACAGUAUCUGUACUCCAAGACUCUGCAAGAAUCCGGGCUACGAAAAGUCGCACGAAGACUUCAGGCCCAAGCGCCGAAACAACGAUACUACGUGGUGGCUUGAGAGUGUCAGCAUUGUCACCUUCGUUUGUAAUACCUCGAUCACCAAACCGGCUAUAGCGGCAACGGAGAACCUCCGUAAGUUAGUGCCGGAAAGAGACGUUGAGUGCGCCUCCCAAUGCCAGAGCGUGGCUCAUGGUCCCCCCUGCCCAUCAAUGUCGAUUCCGGGGCGUUUAUAUUCGCUCACCAUUGAGGAAGUGCAGCUAGCUUCCUGCAUUUCACCACCAAAGCUUUCCGGACGCGCCUGGAAUAGCGAAGCUGUGAAGCCUCACGGCAAGGCUGAUGAGAAUCGGACAAUCAUGGCACAAGGAAAAAUUGAGCGCUACACCUCGCUCUCUGCAAGCAAGAUCUCGCCGCUCCCUUCAUAGUAGUCCUUUCUUUGGCCUGCCCCCC